GGAGUCUGUCUGUCUGGUCAGCGCUACUCAUUCGGACAGAAACAUUCAAUAAAGACGGCCACGCGAAUUGGCCAGACGCUCAUUGAAAGCGUUAGGUUCAAGCAAUUUCUACACCCAAACGGUUCAACAAAUCAAUUUGAAUUAGCUUCAACAGCUAUCAAUAUUAAUUUGCAAUUUGGCGUCUUACUUUUCAUAUAAAUUCGUGUAUUAUUUAAAUCAAAAUUUAAACGCGUUGCGCUCGCAAUUUGUGCAAAAUGUCAGCAUUUAUAACCUCAAUAAUCUGCGUGACUGUACUCCAGUUGUUCCUGCUCCAUCUGGCCGCUGGCAAACAGUUCAGCUGGUGUGAUCCCGAUCUGUGUGGUGCGGGCGUCAAGCACAUCGCCUGUCGCAACAACGGCCAUUUUCACAGACGCUGCCAGCCCGACUCCUUUGAGGUGGACAUCUCUCGGCAUAAGGCGUACUUUGUGCACGGUCACAACAAACGCCGCAAUUUUGUGGCAUUGGGCAAGCUGCCCGGUUAUUAUCCCGCCGCACGCAUGACCACCAUGGUCUGGGAUGAUGAGCUGCAGUAUUUAUCAUCGCUGAAUGUGCGCACCUGCAUCUUGGAUCACGAUGAUUGUCAUAAUACGUACAGCUUUGCCAAUUCGGGCCAGAAUCUGUGCGCCAUUUGGCGUGAUCGCAAUCCCCAUGUCAAUGUGACCAGCCUCAUUGAGGAGUCGUUGGGACUGUGGUUCAACGAGUACGACUUGAUCGAUAGCAGCUACAUUAACCGUUUUCGUGUCACACAAUAUUUCGAGGACUAUGGUCAUUUUGCGGAAAUGGUGGUGGAUCGUAACUCACGCAUUGGCUGCUCCAUACUGCGUUUCACACGUCCCGAUUAUCCCUAUGUCUACAUCUAUAAUGUGGUCUGCAAUUAUGCGUCCAUCUAUGCAUUGGAUGCGCCCGUCUAUGAGGUUGGGCGACCCGCGUCCCGCUGUCAGACCGGCAAAAAUCCAUUCUAUCCGGGUUUGUGCUCGACACGAGAGCAAUAUAAUCCGAACUACUGAACGAUCCGGUGUAGUGUAUAGAUAUAGUGCUCAGGUAUAGAACUGUCAGAAACUUAAAGAUCACUGUCGUCUGUAUUGUAUUUUACAUAAGAUCGUAGCUUAGUUGUAGUUGUAGUCUUUGUUUACCAAUAAAUAACACCUCAGAAUAUUAACCAUAAA